AUGGCUUUACUGACGCAGAACUUGCGCAGCGUACGGGUCGCCCACGGUGAUAGCGGCUUUGAGGAAGCGUGUGGCGCCGUGCGGCCUCCGCCGUCGCCGCCCAAGACGUGCUCGUUUGUGUCGCCCCUUUGGCUGAGCGUCCGGUUUUCGAGGUUCAGCUCCCACUCGGGUAACUUCUGCCAGGCCAGCAGGGACGGGAAGGCGCCCGGUGCCAGGAGGACGCCCCUCAGGGCCGGCCCGGCCUUCCUGGAGACAGGCCUGGCUGCCGCUUCCACGGGAACACUUGGCUCACCACCCCCCGGGACCCCGGCCCUCCGAGCUUCCUGCCUGGACACCUUGGCCUCCGCCCCCGGCACGGUGGGGAUCGGCACUCGGCCCACGCUGCCGGACGCCUCCUGCCUGUUAACCUCCACUGCCCGGCCUUCUGCCCCUCUCACCCUGUCCCCAUCUCCGUAUCGGACACCGUCCUUGCAGCUGCCCAGGCCAUUCAGCUCAGCCCCAAUCUGGGACACAUGCUCCUGCCUGCACGCACCAGGGGUCCCCCUGCCCUUCCUGGCCCUGAGCGCUCACCCCACAGGCCAAUCGGAAACCCUGGGAAACGCCGGGAACAGCUGCCUGCUCAGCCACCACACCCUGGGUCUCCAGGAUGCACCUCGGGCGCCUCGCUCUCCGCAGACCUGCCCCGGGCCCCGCGGUUGCUUUUCUCCACCUCGAGCCCCUCGGUUUUCACUCUGCGGGUCUCGCUGCCCCUGUGAGGACUCCCGUCUGCCCACUGCUGAAGCCCAGAGCUCCUGGGCACGUGCAGUGAAGUCGGGACCUAAAGCCACCACCCCCGCGAGACACAGGGAGACAGAAGUUCCAGCGACAGGACCACAAAGGACCCAGCAGGGGCGUCAGGACUGCAAGCUGCGGUCCCCAAGCCCUGGGCCACCGACCAGUAGCAGCCCAUGGCUGUCAGGAGCCAGGCCGCACGGCAGGAGGCGAGGGGCAGUGAGCGAGGGGAAGCUUCAUCUGCAGGUACAGCCGCUCCCCUCGCUCCAGGCUCCGCCUCCCGGCAGAGCAGUUGCCGGAAAACAAGCCCAGGGCUCCCACGGAUUCUGCAUUAUGACAUCAAGACACUGCACCUGGGCAGCCGCUGCCCCCGGAAGCCUGCGUGCACACCUGGCGUUAGGUGCGGGGGCAGGACCCAGAGGAGACCCCGCAGUGCCUCUCGGGACGGUGCUCGUCUCUCUUGCUGCCCCCAGCCCCGUCCCGUGGUUCCGCUGGGGGCCGGGGGCCACCGGGAGCCUUGGCUCCACCUGUAACAUCAUCAUCUUUAUGUGAGAAUGAGUUUGUGCAGUUUUCAAACAUCCUGGAUCUGACCCCACAGCAGUGUGGCCCAGUGACCAAGCCCCCACUGGCCCACAGCCCUGAGAUGUCUGGCAGAUGGCUCAGGGCACCUGUGCUCCGCCCUGGGAGCCUGCCAGAGAGGAGGUACCGGCGGUGACGCUCUGGAGCGGCCAGGCCCCCCCCCAUCCAGCUGCUCUGGGACGGCCUCCCCCGUCCUCCCCACUCGCCAGCCACCGGGUCCACCUGGAGCCCAGGGUCUGGGCAGGACGCACAGCCGUCCUCCCCGUUGUUCCGGGAUCCCAGAGAGAAAUCCCGAGCCAUGGCCCAGCCUCAGAGGGAGGGCAGCUCGCCCACUCUGGUGCAGGGGCAAGGGGAUGGCUGCCCAGAGACCGCAGGACCCGACUCCUCUCCCUGCCCCAGGGGGCCUGUGGGCAUCACAACACGUGCAGGGGCCACAAAGGUGCCAACUGCCGUGGGUCUAACAGUCACGUUAACAGCUGGCCAGGACCACAGCAGGGACACAGCCCCUACCUCAAGCAGAGUCCUGCACCAGGCCAGGUGCCAGGCCACCCCUGGAGACUUCCCAGAACAACCCACAAGAGCAGCUUUUGCAGGGACAGACAGGGAUGGGGCAUGGGAGUGAGCGCGGAGCUCCAGGGGGACACAGGGAAGGUGUGAUGUGGCCACACGGCAGAGGCUCCAGCCAGCUGGGGCAGCCUCCUCAGCCUCUGCCCAGCCCCAAGCUGGGAGACCGGGAUGCGAGACGGCAGUCAGAGGGCUCGGGACAGGCACCCCCCCCCCAAAUACCUGGCUUCGUGCACAGAAAUGCGACCUGCCACAUCUGCAAGCUGCCAACUUCCCCAGCCAGCCCAGGCUGGACAGGAUCCUGCCCCCAAAGGGCUGAACCCACGUGUCCCACGGCAGUAGGGAAGCCAGUCUGUGCAGAUGCCGACCUGGAU